AUGACGCUGGCAUUGGCCAGCAUCUUGCCCCAAGUAACUCAAGCAGCUGGUCUAGAUGUGGCUGCAGUGGCCAAGGGACUACUCUACUUUGGCACUGCCACGGAUAAUCCCGAGUUGACUGACACUGCAUAUGUUGCCGGGCUAAAAAACACAGAUGACUUUGGUCAAAUCACCCCGGGGAACUCGCAAAGGAACACGUUCGCCUUCACCAAGGGAGACAUGAUUGCCGAUCUUGCUGCUUCCAAUGGCCAGCAGCUGACAUGCCACACCUUGGUCUGGCAUAGCCAGCUGCCCAACUGGGGCAUUGGAUCCUGGACCAACGAGACGCUGCUGGCAGCGAUGAAAAACCAAAUCACCAACGUGGUAACCCAUUACAAGGGCCAAUGCUACGCCUGGGAUGUUGUCAACGAAGCCCUCAACGAAGACGGCAGCUACCGCGACAGCGUCUUCUAUCAACACAUCGGCCCCGCAUACAUCCCCAUUGCCUUCGCCACGGCAGCAGCUGCCGACCCCGACACGAAACUUUACUAUAACGACUACAGCCUCGUAUACGCAGGCGCCAAGGCCACCGCCGUCCAGAAUAUCGUCAAGCUAGUGCAGUCGUACGGCGCCAGGAUCGACGGUGUAGGCCUCCAGGACCAUCUCAUUGUCGGGAACGCGCCCAGUCAGAGUGCCCAGGCCAGCAACCUGGCUGCGUUUACGGCUCUGGGGGUGGAGGUUGCUAUUACGGAGCUUGAUAUUCGCUUGACUUUGCCGGCAACUGAUGCCCUGCUUGCUCAGCAGUCGACGGACUAUCGGAAUACUGUGGCGGCUUGUGUGUAG